CAAAAGUGGAAAAAUGGCGACCUCGGGGCAAAUGUUGUUCCGAAUGGCAAAGCAAAACCCAGUUUCUGUGGGGAAUGAGCAUGUUUACACUUGAACUUUUGGGAAGACGGUUUAACUUCUGUCCCUCGACCCGAGCGAGGAUUUGAAGUGAGGCCAAACGGGAAGAGAAAGUUCACGUUAAGGCUGGAUCGAGCAAAGCAAGGAAAAGAAACUCGAGCGCUUCCUCAGCAAUGGCGAAUGGAAGGAAGUCAAUGAACUCCACUUGCACAGAUCAUCAGAAAGUGUCAAUAUUUCCAACCAAUCACAGCCCAGAUAACUUCCUGCUUCGGGGGGAAGAUACAUUGAUGAAUUUGAUGUGAAAGCAGAUCCCACUCAAACGUUUUACAGUUUUCUACCGUCACAAUUUCAAGCACCAAUGACGGAAAACUCCAAAAAUGGAUUCCAUGGAACUCGAUGACUGCGGCGAAAUAAAUGAGUUGAAGAUGCGAAGGGUCGUCACCGAAGUGAAUUUUCAACAAAGAAAGAAGCCCUCCAGAUGUGUUACCGUGUGUCUUGGUUUGCUGUGCGCUGUCUCGCUGGCCGCUAACGUUGGACAAUUCGUCUACUACGAGAUAAUUCCUGGUUUUUCAACGGGGGACUUUGCUAAUUCUGAACAAGCGACACAAGACCUCGAUCCCAACAACGUCGUCUUUCCCACAGACCACAUGGAGAAAAACCAGCUAGAGGUCGUGUUGAAUAACAUGACCAGCAACAAAGACGAGUUACAGGCCAGUUACGAAUCCCUUGUCAAGGACAAAGACCAGUUGCAAAACAGCUACAAUUCUCUGGUGACAGACAGAGAUAGACUCCUCAGCUUGGAAACAGUUUGGACUGCCGAAAGAGACGAGUUGAGGACCGACUUCCAGAGCGUGAAACAGCAGCGUGAUCGGCUGCAGGCUAAUUACAGUCUCCUAAAAGGGGAGAACGAAGUGCUACAAACCCUGAAUCGUGCACUGGGGACAGACAAAGACCAGUUACAGACUCGUUACGAUUCCCUUCUUAAAGAGCAUGCACGCCUUCAGACCAGUAAAACCACUGUGGCUGCUGAAAGGGAUGAGUUCAAGUCCCGCCUACAGAGUCUGAACAAUGAGAGAGACCAGUUGCAACGCAAUCACUCUUCAUUGAGAACCGAGAUGGACCAGUUACAGGGCAGGUACGAGGCCCUCGUUGGAGACAAAGACCAGUUACAGACUCGUUGCGAUUCCCUUCUGAAAGAGCAUGCACGCCUUCAAACCAGUGAAAUCACGGUGGCUGCUGAAAGGGAUGAGUUCAAGUCCCGCCUACAGAGUCUGAACAAUGAGAGAGACCAGUUGCAACGCAAUCACUCUUCAUUGAGAAGCGAGAAGGACCAGUUACAGGGCAGGUACGAGGCCCUCGUCGAGACAAAGACCAGCUACAGACUCGUUACGAUUCCCUUCUAA